AUGCUGACGUCAGAAGAUGAGCUGGAACAGGUGAAGGCAUAUCAAGCAGAAGCUGAUCGGCAACAUGAGGAGGCAGUCAGUAGAAUAGAAGGGUAUCUGAAGGACAGAAAAGACGACCCGGCAUCUGAAGUGUCCGGACAGUCACAUCAUUCUGAGUCAUCUUCGGCAGCCUCACGAGUAGCAGAGGUGGAUGCCAUGGUGAAGAAACUGGAACUGCAGCAACUGCAGAGACGACUCAAGACCGAGGAAGAAGACCAGCAGCUGCAACGAAUGCUGAAGUUACAGGAAGCUGAAGAUGCUCAGGCUGCAGCAGAGUUGCGUGCAAAGCUGUUGAAGGAAGACUCGCUCAACUGGGACAGACGUGAGGAUUUCGGUGAAGCCGAAAAUGAAGAAAAUGAAGAAGCCACUGGCACUACAGCUCUUCAGGUCUUCAGGAGCGGUGGUGGUAUGCCAGGGACCCAAGUGCAGGGACCCAGCACCGGCACCGCUGCUGUUCACCAGGCCCAGGUUGGUGGUGGUGUGCCAGGGACCCAAGUGGAGCAGGGACCCAGCACCGGCACCACUACUGCUCAACGGGCCCAGGGCAGUGGUGGCACGGGCGCUUUCCAGUCUGGACUGCAUGCUGAGGCUGUGCGUCAGAGUCUCCCUCGCCUGAACCUGCCAAAGUUUGGAGGUGAGCCAGCUGAAUGGCCAAAGUGGUCAGCUCUCUUCCGAACAAUGGUACACAACCAACCAUCCCUGACUCCAACUGAGAAGAUGGUGCACCUGCAGGCCGCCGUAACAGGUGUGGCCGAGCAGGCCAUCAGUGGGAUGCUGUUCGAUGGGAGGUUGUACGAGGAGGCCCUGAAGACGCUGGAAGAGAGGUUCGGUCAGCAGGAGGACAUCGUGCACGCCCACCUCCAGAAUAUCUUCUCCUGCCCUAACCCAUCCCACCUGGAUCCUGUGUUACUGGAAAAGCUCCAUUCAUCAAUCCACUGUGCCGUAGUCAUAUUCAAGAACUUUGGCUAUGAGGGAGAUCUCAGAAGCUAUGAAAAUCUCAGAAGGGUAGUAAUGAAGCUUCCUCCGGAGUUAAAGCACGAAUGGGGAGCGCACGUCCUCGAUCUGACCCAGAGACCCAACCUCAUCGACCUAGAUGUCUGGCUUCAGAAGAAGGUGCGGGUAGCAGUCAACUAUGCGGCUGUGUCACAGCCAAGGAGGACUCCGAAAGAAAACAAGCUGAAGCCAAUUCAGAAGACUGCCCAGCAGAGGAGCACUCUGGUCACCGACGCACGGACAACAGGAAACUGUCCAUGCUGUAAGGAACGGCAUGAGGUGACUGACUGCCCUUUAUUCUUGCAGAAGGCAGUUGACGAGAGAGCGCGUUGGAUCGCCGAAGUCGGGCGCUGCUUCUAUUGCCUGCAGACGGGGCACGGCGUGCGGCGUUGUCGUUCAGCAAAGCCAUGCGGAAUCGACAACUGCACGAUGAGGCACCACGCAACACUCCACGGCAGCAAGAGGGUCGGCAGACGGACCAGCCGUGAGCGCGUAGUCGCUGCAGCGUCUCUGAAAACCGAUGAUGUCACGACACUGCUGCAAGUGGUGCCGGUCACCAUCCUCGGCAGCAACGGCGAGUCCAAGCAGGUUUGUGCCCUGUUGGAUCCGGGUUCGCAGACCUCGUUGGUGUCCGAAGAUGUGGUGACCGAACUGGGUCUUCAUGGAGAGCGGCAAACCCUCCGCCUGCAGAGCGUCGAGGGAUGCGGACCCCUUCAGACCUCAGUGAAGCUGAAGCUCGAAUUGAAAGCGUCAUUCGGCGAUGGCUCAAGUGUGAUAGUUCCUGAGGCAUUUUCCGUAAAGAAAAUCAACGUCACAGUACCUGAGAUCCCCCACAAGAUGCCUGACUGGAAACACGUGCAAGAUCUCGAUCUGCCAGACUGUUCCGGUAAGACGGUGGAGCUUCUUCUAGGAGCGAAUGUCCUCGAAGCUCUGCUACAACUCGAAGUGAAGCAGGGAAAGAAGGGCCAACCGGUGGCGAUCAGAACUGCCUUCGGGUGGACUCUGGCCGGUUCAGUGAAGGGAUUUAUUCCUGAGCGGAAGAGGCAGGUGAUGCUGAUCAGCAGGAAGUCACCAGACGAAGACGAGAUGUCGAAAAUGCUACAGCAGUGGUGGACCACUGAGUCCUUCGGGUGCAAGUUUGAAGGCGAUGACGCCAAAUCUCCCGAAGACAUCAGAGCAGUGGAAGUCAUGAAAAACACCACACGCAGACUGGACAAUCGUUAUGAGACGGGGCUCCUUUGGAAGAGCGAUGAAGUACACCUGCCAGACAACAGAGCAGUAGCCGUCAGCCGCCUGCAUUCACUGGAGAAGAGCCUACUGCGGAAACCACAGAAAGCCGAGGCGUACAAGAAGGUCAUGGACGGAUACGUUGAGCUCGGGUUUGCACGCAAGCUGGAGACUGAAGAGGAGCAAGAAUCGCAUCCCAGGACCUGGUACCUCCCUCACCACGGUGUGACGAACCCAAGGAAGCCGGGGAAACUGAGGGUAGUAUUUGACGCUGCCGCAACGUGUGAAGGCGUGUCGCUGAAUGACAUGCUUCUCACGGGACCCGACCUCUUGAAGAACCUUCCAGGCAUCCUCUUAAGAUUCAGAGAAGAACCAGUAGCCCUGACUGCUGACAUUGAAGCCAUGUACCACCAGGUCAGGAUCAUACAGCGAGACCAGGCGGCCCUGCGGUACCUCUGGAGAGACCUGGACGUGACGAAGAACCCGGAGUGUUACACUAUGGAAGUUGCAAUCUUCGGAGCCAAAAGCAGUCCAGCGUCGGCCAGUUUCGUCCUGCAGCAGACGGCCAGAGACUGCAGCAGCAGCACUGCAGCAGGACAAGCAGCUAAAGAGGCAGCAUUGAACAGUUUCUACAUGGACGACUUCGUGCACGCUACAGAAACUGAAGAUAAAGCUGUCGAGAUGCAGACGGAAAUGACAGAACUCCUGAGAAAAGGCGGGUUCAGGCUAACGAAGUGGACGACGAACUCGAAACGAGUCAUGGAACAGAUCAAACAGGAAGAGCGAGCUCAAGCUGGCACGACUCAGAGUGUGCUGGGCUGCACAUGGAACACGGCCGAAGACACGCUGGGAGUGAGAAGCAUCGACCCACACGUACCAGAGACGAAACGUGGAGUAGUUCGGGGAGUCGCUCGUCUCUACGACCCCCUGGGGCUGCUAUCGCCAUUCUCUCUGCAGGCCAAGAUCCUGAUCCAGCGCCUCUGGGCAGGUAACUACAGCUGGGACGAUCAGCUGGGAGAGGAGGAGUCGCGGAUCUGGAAGAAGUGGCUGGGUGAGCUCCCUUCCACGGAAUUGAUGACCGUCCCGCGGUGUUUCUCAGGCACAGAGAUCAGCUCGGACUGUACCAGAGAGCUGCACAUAUUCUGUGACGCCUCUCAGCAGGCGUUCGGAGCAGUGGCGUACGUCAAGACGAUAAUGCCCGAUCGCCCCAGUAUCUGCUCCCUGGCCAUGUCGAAGACGAGAGUGGCGCCUCUCAAGCAAAUCUCCAUUGUCAGGCUCGAGCUACAAGCAGCGGUAUUGGGAGUCAGAUUGGCCAACAUGAUCCUGAAGGAGCUGAGCGUCAAGGUGGAACGAGUUCUGUUCUGGACGGACAGUACUGUUGUGUUGCAGUAUGUGAGGAAUGACAGCCGUAGAUUCCACACCUUUGUGGCCAAUCGGGUGGCCGAAAUCCGAGAGCUGUCUCGUCCAGAUCAGUGGAGGCACGUCCCGUCCAGCUCGAAUGCAGCUGACGUCUGCUCCAGGGGAGCCUCUGCCACGGAUCUUUCCGCAGACUCGCGCUGGAAGGAUGGUCCCGACUUCCUGCUGAAGGACGAAAAGCACUGGCCUGAGAACCCACCGUGCAAAGCUGUAUUGGCGGACGACCCAGAAGUAAGAACAAAUCAAGUUCUCACGACGAAGCCAGCGCUCGAAGUGACUGUGCUUCCUGACGCAGGGAAAUUCUCUUCAUGGACGCGCUACCGAAGAGUUGUAGCGUGGAUGCUACGAUUCGUGACGAACUUCAUCGCAUCAAACUGCCCGUCUAAAGCUGACUGGAAGCGCCAGGGGCCGCUGUCAGCAGACGAGAUUCAGGAGGCUGAAAAGAAGAUCGUCUUAGACUGUCAGGCGCGGAGCUUCACCACAGAAGUAGCCGCUCUCCGGAACGGCAACCCAGCGGGGUCUGAGGGAAGACUGACUCAGAUGUCGCCUUUCCUGGACGGUGAUGGCGUGCUGCGCGUCGGCGGGCGCCUCAGCAAGGCUCCAGUGCCCUAUUCGACGCGUCAUCCAGCGAUCCUCCCGGCCAGAGAUGAUGUCACACGCCUGAUCGUGACGUACAACCACUCAAAGGUCCUGCACUCGGCCUACGUCAGGGGAGCUGAGGACGCCGAGACCCCGGACCUGGUGGCCGCCGUGGCCCCUGAUGCAGAUUGA